GCUCCAUCACAGCACAAAAACACUAAGCGUAUUAAAGGCUGUCAACUUUAGAGACCUGGAUGUAUCAAGCAAACUUGGACUUACUUUUUACUGGUUAAGCUUUUUCCAUUCAACUUGAAGGCUUUGUAUAAGGCGGGAUUGACAGAUCUGAUGUUACAAUGGAUCAUUUAUCAUUUUCCUGAGGCAACAAAAUGGAUGUAAGGACAUUCUAUCUGCAAGUUUAAAUUCCUUGUAUAAAGUAAAUAAACAUCCAUCAUCCUCUCGAGACAUGGGAGACAAUAAAACUGGAGGGAUUGUUGCAGCUGCAAUGAACCGACUGAAAGUGGUGAAAGGAUUGGAGGAUGUGGAGGUGUCGGAGUGUGAGAGCUGCUCCUUUGAGGUGACUCUUAACCUGGCUUACAUAGAAGGCAUUUGGAUCAGGGAUGGGAUGCCGGUUAAGUCGAAACCAAGUUGCCGCAUCAGCACGCAAGGGAAGAAACACUGCCUCAUCCUGAACCGAGUGGCUUUGGGAGAUGCUGGUUUAUACUGUUUCCAGGCCAGUGAGGUUCAGACAUCAGGCAGACUCACUGUUAGAGCUAGAGACAUAUGUAUUGAAAAAGAACUGGAAGAUGUGUAUACACUUGAGCGUCGACCCGUUAGUUUUAUAUGCGAAGUCAAUCAGGUGGAUGUGGAUGGUCGGUGGUAUCGUGAUGACUGCAGAAUCCGACCUGGAGACAACAUCAAGAUAAGACAUCAGGGUAAAACUCAUGCUUUGCUCUUCAAGUCAGUGAGACCAGAACAUGCAGGUGAAAUCAGAUUCACUGCAGAGCGGGUUUCAUCCAAUGCCACGCUUACAGUAAAAGAGCUGCCAGUCCAAAUAAUUCGACCAUUGAGGGUCAAAAUUGCCAUGUAUCGCCACAGAGGCUUACUAGAGUGCCAGGUGUCACGGCCUAAUGCUCAGGUCAAAUGGUACAAGAACAGGAAGGAGCUCCUGCCCUGCAAGAAGUAUCAGCUAAUCAGCCAGGAUGUCUACCGGCAGCUGACCAUAGAAGAUAUUUGCUCUUCAGAUGAAGAUACCUACACAUGUGAUGCAGGGGAUGACAAAACUUCAUGUCAACUUUUAGUGGAGGAGCAGGCCAUCAGCAUAGUGCGGGGGAUGAAAUCUGUGGAGGUGAUGGAGCCAAAGUCUGCGCUAUUCCAGGUAGAAACAAAUCUAAAGUCUGGGAGGCCCCCAAAGUGGACCCUAAACAGUGAGGUCCUGGAGCACUCUGCAGGAGUGAACAUUGACCGGCAGGGGAACCUCCACAGUCUUUGUUUCACAAGCACAGACAGCUCCAUGUCAGGGCCUGUGGUGUUUGUGGCUGGGAAGAGCCGUUCGACUGCUCAACUUUCUGUGAAGGAGCGACCUCUUGAGGUUGUUCAGCACUUAGAUGAUGUGGAAGCAAGGGAGAACAGCUCUGUGAGUUUGUGCUGUGAAUUUGCCCCCUCUCCCCGAGUCGUGCGGUGGUUUAAAGGUCGCACGGCUCUGAAGAUUUCGAACAAAUACAACAUGAAGAGAGAGGGGAAACGAGUGGAACUGAUCAUUCACGGCCUGAUGGGGACUGACGCAGGACACUAUAGCUGCAUGGCUGGAGGUUCACAAAGUACAGCACAGGUCAAGGUUGAAGCAAAAACAUUGAAGCUGGUCAAACAUCUUGAGCCUGUUGACGUUGAGGAAGAUGGCACAGCCACUUUUUCAUGUGAGCUCAACUAUGUUGUUGCCAAUGCCGAGUGGCUGGUUAACAACGUCCGCCUCAGUUCUAACGCCAUCAACCGGAUCCAGCACAUGGGCACAAUGCACAGCCUCGUGAUGCAAAAACUUAGACCACAAGAGAGCAGGGUAACAUUUAAAGCAGGCCUUCUCAAUGAGACCACCAUCUUAAAGGUUAAAGAGUGCCCAGCAGUGUUUCUAAGGUCUUUGGAGGAUGUUGUUGGAGAAGAGCAAGGAGAGGUCUGCCUGCAAUGUGAAAUCUCUAAAGAUUUAGUAACACCUCUUUGGAGGAAGGAUGGUACUGUCCUGACACCUGAUGAUAAACAUGAGUUUGUACAGUGUGGGAAGAUCAGGGCACUGAUCAUCCACUCAUUGAACAAGAACGAUGCUGGACAGUACACUUGUGACCUGGGCACCAGUCAGUCCAAGGCUAAAGUUACAGUACAUGAUCUACAUGUUACCAUUGUUCAGCGGAUAAAGACAGCAUCUGUUCUGGAGGGUGAAAACUGUACUUUUGAGUGCCUUCUCUCUCAUGAACUGGAUGAUGAACCCAUUUGGACCAUAAACGGUCAGGUGGUGGUUACCAACAGUCGCAUUCAGCUUGUCAACAACAGCCGCAUCUAUAAGAUGGGAAUUAGAGAUGUUGUACUUUCUGAUGCUGGUGACGUUGUCUUCACAAUUAAAGACCUGAGUUGUAGAACCAUGUUAUUUGUGAAAGAAAAGCCUGUGCACAUCUUCAGGGACCUGCUCAAUGUAAAGGCUGUACCUGGGGAGGAUGCUGAGCUGAGCUGUGAAAUCACCAAACCAGAAGUCACCAUUUGUUGGUUGAAAAAUGGACGUCCUAUCAGGCAGAGCCCUAAAUAUGAGAUGAGCAUUGAGAAGAACGUGGCACGCCUGGUGAUCAAGAAUGCCUCCAUCAGAGACUCCGGUGAAUACUGCUGCGAGGCUGGUGGUGUUGCAUCCCGAGCAAAGGUGGAGAUCAGAGAACUUCAGCACACUUUUGCCAGGGAGUUGAGAGAUACUCGAGGAGAAGAAAAGGGUAAAGUGACACUGGAGUGUGAGACCAGGCGGCCUGCCAAGCGUGUGACAUGGCUAAAGGGCAUGGUGGAGCUCAGAUCUGGAAAGAAGUAUGUCAUCAAACAGAGGGGAGAGGUUCUAUCCCUCACCAUCACCUGCCUAGAGAAAACAGACACAGAUAUUUAUGUGUGUGAUGUCGGUACCAUGCAGAGCCGGGCACAACUUACUGUGCAGGGGCAGAAGGUGAUAAUCUUGGAUGAAUUAGAAGAUGUGGCGUGCCUUGAAGGUGACACAGUAACAUUCAGGUGUCGGAUUUGUCCUGAUGACUAUUGGGGGGUCAAGUGGUAUCUGGACGAGACUCUGCUUUAUACCAAUGAGCUCAAUGAGAUCCAGGUGAUACCAGGAGGCCUCCACACUCUUACAUUUAGACAACUUGCCCGCAAAGACACUGGUACUAUUUCGUUUGUAGCAGGGGAUAAAAGAUCUUACGCCUCACUGCUAGUUAGAGAGAGGCGUCCUACCAUCAUCAAAUCACUGGAAGACUGUGAGGCUUUUGAGGGAGGAGGCUUAGUUUUGUCUUGUGUGACUUCCAAGCCAUGUCACAUCUUAUGGUACAAAGAUGGCUGCCUGAUGUGGCACUCCUCCAGAUACUUCACCACCUAUUCUGGCUGUGAAGCCAGACUGACCAUUCGAGAGGUCAGCAACAGCGAUGCUGGAGUGUACGAGUGCAGCGCUGGCUCUGUCACAACCACAGCUGUCGUUGCUGUCAAAGCCAUUCCAGCAGAGUUCACCCAGCCACUACAUGUUGUGGAGGCCAAGGAAGGAGAGGCUGUUACACUGACCUGUGAAUAUUCUUUACCUGGAGUCCAGUUUCAUUGGAGGAAAGGUUUUGAGAACAUUCGACCGGGAGAAAAGUAUGUCAUGAAACAGAGGAAAACCACUAUCUCUCUUACCAUCAAAGCUCUUCUGCCUGAGGACUCAGGAGAGUACACAUGCUACUGCAGGCAACACCAGACGACAGCCAGUCUCAAAGUGCAUGCUAUUCCCAUUACAUUCGUCCAGAAACUGAAGAACCUGCAAGCUGAGGAGGGCAGCAGUGUGAUAUUGCGCUGUGAAAUUUCUAAGCCUGGAAUACCAGUAGAAUGGAGGAAGGAGCAUGAACUGCUGAGGAACGGUGUCAAGUUCCAGAUGAGGAAAAGGGAAACCGCUUUGGAGCUUCUGAUUUGGAAACCUGUACCUGAAGACAGUGGGGUGUACAGUUGUGAGUGUGCUGAUCAGAUAACAUCUGCCACAGUCAAGAUCACCGCUCUGCCAGUCACCUUCAAACAGAAGCUGAGGAAUGUGUUGAUUGAGGAGGGCAACACCGCUACAUUUCAUUGUGAACUCUCCAAGCCUGGCCAAACUGUAGAGUGGAGGAAAAGUCGAGACAGAGUCAUCAGGAACGGAGAAAAAUAUCAUAUGCGACAGAGAGACACACUUACUGAACUCAGGAUCAUUGAUGUGUCUCCUGAAGACAGUGAUAUCUACACUUGCAUCUGUGGAAAGAUUGAGACAACAGCCACCCUUACUGUAAAUGCCAUUCCUGUGACCUUCAAGCAAAAGCUGAAGAACCAGCAAGUGGAGGAAGGACACUGCAUUACACUGCAGUGUGAGAUUUCUAAAGCUGGUGUCCCAGUUGAGUGGAAGCUUGGAGGAGAGCAGUUGGAGAAUGGAGAGAAGUACCAGAUAAAGCAAAGGGAUUCCACCCUGGAGCUGACCAUCAGGGAUGCUGUGCCCGAGGACAGCGGCGUCUACACCUGUGUGUGCAGAGAGCAGAAAACAAAGGCCACUGUAAAAGUCAUUGCGGUUCUUGCCACAUUUAAAGUGAGUAUGAAGAGCCAAGAGGUGGAAGAAGGAAAUAGUGUGACUUUACAAUGUGAGCUGUCAAAGAAAGGGGUUCCUAUUCAGUGGCUGAAAGAGGGUCAGGUGCUGUCAGAAGAGUUAGGCUGUGAUAAGUACCAGAUAAAGGUUGAAGGAAGGAAAGCUGCAAUGACUAUUUUCAGUGCACAACCAGAUGAUGCAGGGAAGUACAGCUGUAUAACUGGAGAUGAGAAAACCACAGCGGAAAUCAGAGUCAAAGCGCUUCCUGUCACAUUCAAACAAGAACUCCAGCGCCUGUCAGUCAAAGAAGGAGAGUGUGGAGUUUUCUGCUGUGAACUCUCUAAAUCUGGAGCUGCUGUGGAGUGGAGAAAAGGCAGAAUGAUCCUGAAACCAGGAGAGAAAUAUGAAAUGAAACAGGAGGGCCAUCUAACUAAACUCAUUAUAAACAACGUGGAGGAAAGUGAUGCUGGCAAAUACACCUGCAAGACUAAACACAGCCAAUCCAGUGCUGAGCUCAGAGUGCGAGAAUCACCCGAGCGCAGACGUCAAAGAGAUCUCCCUCCUCGCUUCAAGUUACCCUUAGUUAACCAGGAGGUCACAGAGGGCAACGUUGUGGCUCUGCACUGUGAGCUCAACAAGCCUGCUAACUCAGUGGAGUGGAGGAGAGGAGGACAGCUACUCAGGAAUGGAGACAAGUACCAGAUAAGGAAGAAAGACCUGCAGGUGGAAAUGAAGAUCACAGACCUCACAGUGGAGGAUUCUGGAGAUUACACCUGUGUAUGUGGGGAAGAAAGGACAACAGCUCAGAUCACUGUGAAUGAAAGGCCCAUUAAAUUCAUUCAAGAUCUGAAGAAUAUUCAAGUACUGGAGGGAAACGGCGUGGCACUCUCUUGUGAGCUCUCCAAACCGGGCUUCCCAGUGCAGUGGAAGAAGGAUGACAUUGUGCUGACCAGUGAUGAGAAAUACCAGAUCAGGCAAAUCGGCUCCAAGCCAGAGCUUCUCAUUAGAAAAAGUCUCCCAGAAGACAGCGGCUCUUACAGCUGCAUUUGUGAUGAUGUCAAAACUACAGCAAGUGUUGCAAUUACUGCAAUUCCAGUGACAUUCAAGCAAAAACUGAAGAACCAGGAAGCAGUGGAGGAUGGUUGUUUAACAUUACGCUGUGAACUUUCCAAACCUGGACAAGCAGUAGAGUGGAGGAGAGAUGCUCAACUUCUGAAGAAUGGAGAAAAAUACCAGAUAAAGCAGGAGGGCCGAGCAGCAGAGAUGCUGAUUACAACUGUAACUCUUGAAGAUGCAGGAGAAUACAGCUGUAGUGCUGGAAUUGCUGUGACUUCAGCUGACAUCAAAGUUAGAGCUCUUCCUGUGACAUUCAAGAAAGAAGUUGAGAAUUUGGAGGUGAAGGAAGGAGACAGCGCAGCUUUCUGCUGUGAGCUCUCCAAACCCGGAGCUCCGGUCGACUGGAGAAAAGGCAGAGUCAUCCUGAAGGCUGGUUACAAGUACGAGAUGAAACAAGAGAGCGGUCUCACCAAGCUGAUCAUCAACAACGUGGAGGAGAACGAUGCUGGAAAAUACACCUGCAAAACAGAGGACAGCAAAUCCACAGCUGAGCUCACAGUUAAAGCUCCACCCGUCACAUUCAAAACAAAGCUGAGGAACCAGCAGGUGGAGGAAGAAAACAGCGUGACGUUGAGCUGUGAAUUGUCAAAGCCUGGCCUCGCUGUGGAAUGGAUGAAAGGGAAAGAGCUGCUAAAGAGUGAUUUCAAAUACCAGAUUAAAAAUCGUAGCAGUAUCAUGGAGCUGACCAUCAAAAACUCCCAACUGGAGGACAGUGGGCUCUACAGUUGUAUGUGUGGAGAUGUCAAGACCACUGCGCAUGUCACAAUUACACCCAUUCCUCUAACAUUCAAACUGGGUCUGAAGAACCAGGAGGCUCCGGAGGGAGGGAAUGUGUGUCUGCGCUGUGAGCUGUCCCGGGCCGGGGUGCCUGUGCAGUGGUGGAAAGGGGAGGACCAGCUUUACCACAGAGGGAGAUUCCAGAUGACACAGAAAGGGGCGAUCGCUGAGAUGACCAUCAGAAAUAUACAACCAGAGGAUGUUGGAGAAUACAGCUGUGUAUUUGGAGGUCAGAAGACAACAGCUGAAGUCAAUGUGAGAGCUGCUGCAUCUGUCUACUUUGAGAAGGAACUAGAGAGCCAAGUGGUUAUGGAGGGGAAAUCUGUGCUCAUGUCCUGUGAAGUUUCUAGUGCUAAUGUUCCUGUCACUUGGAAGAAAGACGGCACUGUGGUGGAAAAUGGAGUGCAUUACAUAGUGAGAAAAAAAGGCCCUCUGCACACUCUGGAGAUUAAGAAACUGCAGCUGGCAGAUGCUGGAGAGUAUUGCUGCAUCACCAGAGGAAAGAAAACCACUGCCAAACUGAUUGUGAGGGAGCGUGUCAAGAUUGUGAAAGAACUGCAAGACCUAACAGUGACAGCUGGAGAAGACGCUGUGUUUGUGUGCGAGCUGACCCAUGCAGAUGUGAGCGAGGGCGUAUGGUGGCUUGGUUCGAGCCCUCUGCAGAAAAACGAGAUGAACCAGAUGACGUGCCGUGGUCGCCAGCACCGCCUUGUCCUCACCAUGACAACACCAGAAGAGACUGGCGAUGUAGCAUUUCUAGUUGGGGAGGAAAAGACCUCUGCAAAACUGUUGGUUCUCCCAAAGCCCAAAGUUUUGUUUGAGGAGAAACCCAAAGACAGUGUCAUCAUGGAAGGAGAGACAGCUUUCCUGUCCUGUGCUACAUCUGAUUGCAUCACGAUGGUUACCUGGAAGCGCAACCAUGUCCCACUUCGAUGUGGUAAUAAAUAUGAGAUGUGCAAGGAGGGUAAAGUCAAUCUGCUUCUUAUCCAUGAUGUGGAGCCCCAGGACAGUGGCAUAUAUUCCUGUGAUACAGGAGAUGUGCAGAGCAGUUUCACACUGACUGUAACAGAACUUCCUCCAUUCUUUCAAGAAGAGCUACAAAGUGUAGAAGCUGAAGAAGGAGGCUCGGCCUGCCUCUACUGUGAGAUAUCUAAACUAGGAGUGCCGAUUCAGUGGAAAAAGGACAGGCUGCCGAUAAGAGCCAGCAGGAAGUAUGAGGUGAGGCAAGAUGGCUGCUUUCUCCAGCUUUACAUCAAAGAUCUUAAACCUGAGGACAGCGGCAGCUACACAUGUCAAGCAGGGAGUGCAGAGACAAGUGCAACUGUGUCUGUAAGAGAGACGCCCCCAUUCUUCAAAAAAGAGUUAAGAAGUUUGGAGUCUGCGGAAGGAGGUGCAGCUGUCCUGCAAUGUGAGCUAUCUAAACCAGGGUUGUCUGUGCAGUGGAAGAAAAACAGACUCCCUCUUAGAGCGAACAGGAAGUAUGAGAUAAAACAAGAUGGCUGCCUGUUCCAGCUCCACAUCAAUGACCUGAAACCUGAAGACAGUGGCAGCUACUCAUGUCAAGCAGGAGACACAGAGACGACUGCUAAUGUGACAAUCAGAGAACUCCCAGCUUUUUUCAAGAAGAAUCUGCAGAACAUAAAGGCAGAUGAAGGAGGUACAGCCUCACUUUUCUGUGAGGUUUCUAAGCCUGGAGUCUCUGUUCAGUGGAAGAAGAACAAUGUGACUCUGAGAGAAAAUAGGAAAUAUGAGAUGAAGCAGGAAGGCUGCCUUCUACAGCUUAACGUCAAGGAGAUCAAACCAGAGGACAGUGGCUGCUACACUUGCCAAGCAGGAGAAGCAGAGACUAGUGCUGUUGUCUCAGUGAAAGAGCUACCACCUUUCUUUAAGGAGAAUUUGAAAAGUCUAACCACUGAGGAGGGAGGGACAGCCUCCCUUUGCUGCGAGGUAUCCAAGCCUGAGCUACCUGUGCAAUGGAAGAAGAACAGGCUAAUACUGAGAGCAAACAGGAAGUAUGAGAUGAAACAUAAUGACUGCUUCCUUGAGCUGCACAUCAAAGAUGUCACACUUGAUGACAGUGGUAGCUACUCAUGUCAGGCUGGAGAUGUAGAGACCAGAGCAACUGUGACAGUGAAAGAACUUCCCACCUUCUUCAAGAAAAAGCUCGAGAACAUGGAGGCUGAGGAAGGUGGAGCAGCAUCUUUGUGCUGUGAAGUGUCCAAACCUGGAGCUUCUGUGCAGUGGAAGAAAGACAGACUCCCUCUUAGAGCGAACAGGAAGUAUGAAAUGAAACAAGAUGGCUGCCUGUUCCUGCUACACAUCAGUGACUUGAAACCUGAAGACAGUGGCAGCUACUCAUGUCAAGCAGGAGACAAAGAGACGACCGCUAAUGUGACAAUCAGAGGACUCCCAGCUUUUUUCAAGAAGAAUCUACAGAACAUGAAGGCAGAUGAAGGAGGUACAGCCUCACUUUUCUGUGAGGUUUCUAAGCCUGGAGUCUAUGUUCAGUGGAAGAAGAACAAUGUGCCUCUGAGAGCCAAUAGGAAAUAUGAGAUGAAGCAGGAAGGCUGCCUUCUACAGCUUAACAUCAAGGAGAUCAAACCAGAGGACAGUGGCUGCUACACUUGCCAAGCAGGAGAAGCAGAGACUAGUGCUGUUGUCUCAGUGAAAGAGCUUCCCUUGUUCUUCAAGGAAAAUUUGAAAAAUGUCUCCAUUGAGGAGGGAGGGACAGCAACCCUUUGCUGUGAGGUAUCCAAGCCUGGGCUAUCAAUACAAUGGAAGAAGAACAGGCUGUCACUGAGAGCAAACAGGAAGUAUGAGAUGAAGCAUGAUGGCUGUUUCCUCCAACUUUACAUCAAGGAUCUCACACCUGAGGAUAGUGGUAGCUACUCAUGCCAAGCUGGAGCUGCAGAGACUACAGCCACUGUGACAGUGAAAGAACCUCCUCCUUUCUUCAAGAAAGAGCUAGUAAACAUGGAGGCUGAUGAAGGUGGAGCAGCAACUUUAUGCUGCAAAGUAUCUAAACCUGGAGCGUCUGUGCAAUGGAAGAAGAACAAGAUACCGCUAAGAGCCAGUAAGAAGUAUGAGAUGAAACAAGAAGGUUCCAUCCUUUAUCUACAUAUCAAAGAUCUGAAACCUGAGGACAGCGGCAGCUACUCGUGUCAAGCAGGGAAUGCAGAGACAAGUGCCACCGUGUCUGUGAAAGAGACGCCCCCAUUCUUCAAAAAAGAAUUAAGAAAUUUGGAGGCUGACGAAGGAGGUGCAGCUGUCCUGCAAUGUGAGAUAUCUAAACCAGGGUUGUCUGUGCAGUGGAAGAAAAAUAGACUGCCUCUUAGAGCGAACAGGAAGUAUGAAAUGAAGCAAGAUGGCUGCCUGUUCCAGCUCCACAUCAAUGACCUGAAACUUGAAGACAGUGGCAGCUACUCAUGUCAAGCAGGAAACUCAGAGACGACUGCUAAUGUGACAAUGAGAGUACUCCCAGCUUUUUUCAAGAAGAAUCUGCGCAACAUAAAGGCAGACGAAGGAGAUAGAGCCUCACUUUUCUGUGAAGUUUCUAAGCCUGGACUCUCUGUUCAGUGGAUGAAGAACAAUGUGCCUCUGAGAGAAAAUAGGAAGUAUGAGAUGAAGCAGGAAGGCUGCCUCUUUCAGCUUUACAUUAAUGAUGUCAAACCUGAAGACAGCGGCAGUUACUCUUGCCAGGCAGGACCAGCAGAGACCACUGCAACUUUAUCUGUGAAAGAACUUCCUGUGUUCUUCACCAAGGAGUUACAAAAUAUGAAUGCUGAGGUAGGAGAGAUGACUUCAUUGUGCUGUGAAAUUUCCAAACCUGGGGUUUCAGUGCUGUGGAAGAAAAACAAGCUGCCACUGAGAGCCAGCAUGAAGCAUGAGAUGAAACAAAAUGGUUGCCUCUAUCAGCUUAACAUCAAAGAUCUCAAACUUGAGGACAGUGGCAGCUACACAUGCCAAGCAGGGAGUGCAGAAAGCACUGCAAGUGUAGCAGUUAAAGAGGUUGCUUCAUUCAUCAAAGAAUUACAAAGUGUAGAGGCAGAGGUUGGCAGUGCAACCUCAUUGUCUUGUGAGUUAUCCAAACCUGGAGUGUCUGUACUGUGGAAAAAAGAUAAUCUGCCUCUGAGAGCCGGCGAGAAGUAUGAGAUGAAACAAGACGGCUGUUUCCUGCAGCUUAACAUCAAGAAGCUUGGUUCAGAGGACAGUGGUAGGUACUCAUGUCACGUCGGAAAUGCAGAAACGUCUGCAAGAGUACAAAUAAAAGCACCGAAACCUCCAUCAGAGGAAAAGUCUCAAUCAGCAUUGGCGAAGAUGAAAAGUACUAUCCCUAAACAAGCUCCUGCUUCAGAAAAUGAAAGGCCCACUCUUCCAGAUCCCAACCAGAUUCCCCCAGAGCCCAAGAAGAGGACAAAUAGGAAAGCAUCUAUAACUUCUGUCGAAAAAGACACAGAACAUGUUUUUGAUGUGAAGGUGUCUGUGCAGAAUAUCAAUAAUGAAGGUGUCCAACACGAAGGAUCUAAAGUAGAGUACUUGGAUGUUGCUCAGAAUGGAACGAAAGUGGAGAGGAGUGAAGACAAAGGGAGUGACAUGCACAAGAAAGAGGCUAAGACAAUUCAGCUACCAGAGAAGGAUUAUAAGGCUGGCAGGAGGAUUGAAAAGUCAGCUUCACCUCUGGGCACGGAAGAUGAUCUUAGAGAAAAGAGACAACCAGGAGGAAAUGUAGGAACAUUUGUUAAAGUCAUCCCUUCAGUAAAUCAGUCAGAAAGGGUUGAGGGUAACAAAGUGGUUGAUCUGAAAGAGACAGAAAAGAGAUCUGAAACUGAAAAGGGGUUUAAACAACAAGAAGACUCUUCAGAAGAAGCAAAUGAAGUUAAACAGAAAAUAACUCAACAAGCAAAAACAAUUUGGAGAAACAGUCAGGAUGAAAAACAUGUACAGGAGCAGCUUAAUGGGAAAGAAAUAAACACAGAUGUCGAACCUUCAAAAAACAAAGGUGAAGUAGGAAAGACAGAAGGGGAGACUUUGAAACUACCAGUAAGAUCUAAGGCAAAGGUAGCAUAUGGAGAGCAAUCACUCAAGUCUAUUAUGAAUCAAACAGAGGAUACAAUUCCUCCACUAAUCAAGACUUCUCUUAAAGAUUUUGAAAGUCAUAAAGAGAGACAAAAUGGGCAAGAGUUCACAGAGAAGAUAUUGACACAAACACACAAAGCAAACCAGCAAUUAAUAGAAGAUCCAGAAAAGGCAAAUGAAAUCCUUCAAUUUGCACCUCCAAAACCACCUGAGAGGAGAAAGAGUAAGGUAAAAAUAGGAAUGGAAAAACAGGAGUCCAGGGACACAGAGACAGAUCAAGAUGAUAUACGGCCUAAAAGUGUUGGAGUAAAGUCCCAUGAGGAGAAGACAGACAAACAGCUUGAAAAGCCCUUGAAGAAAGAUGUUGAAAACAUUUUAAAAUUAGAAAGAAGUAAGUCUAUCACAACUGAUAGUGAAGCAGAAGAUAACCUUAAGCAACCCGUAAAACAACCAGUAAAACCAAUUAAGAAAGAACCUGAAAUUAAACUGGCUGUUGAGCCAAUAAGAAGAGUGGAGGAAACACAGUCAACUAAGAUGGAAGACGACAUUCCUCUGCUCUACAUUUCUGAAGAAGAAACUUUCUCAGAGGCUUUAACUGAGCUUCCUCAAAACCACUUCCAACCUGCUGUUCCCGAGAUACAAACAGGACACCAACUUAUCCAGGAGAUCCAACCAUCAGAACCGUCUCCCCUGGAGACUGACAUCAACAUAGAGAAUGAACCCGAAAUGCAAGAAGCUGCCAUUAAGAUCCAGGCAGCAUUCAAAGGCUACAAAGCUCGCAAAGACAUGCGACCAGUCUUUAAGGAGGUAUUCAAGAACCAGAAUGCAGAUAUUCAUGGUACACUUACAUUAAAGUGUGUUGUGGAUGGAAGACCCAGCAAUGUGCGCUGGUUGAAAAAUGGCCAACAUGUUAUGAAUGAUCCUCGAUGCCGGGUUGAAACAACAGAAAAUGGAGAAUGCACACUUGUAGUUAAAAACUUGAAAAACAGCGACAGCGGAGUUUAUACCUGUGAGGUGGCAAAUAAGUUUGGUGUGAUCUCCUACAAUGGAAACAUAACUGUAGUGAAGACUGAGCAACCUGUUCCUGCAGUCCAGAAACCUAUACACCCACCACUAGCAGCCAUAACUCCUUUGCAGCUUGCUCCACAAAAGCCUGACUCCCAGGACAUGACACAGACUCAAAGUCUGACUCAGAGUCAGUCAGAGCUAGCUCCAACUUCAGAUGCUGAAAAUUAUGUAGAAAGUGUGAGUGUUUCCCUGUGGGAUGCCUACAUCUUGACAGAACAGAACAAACAAACACUCCUACAAGAGAGAAGAUCUUCACUCAUUGCUGUCAGCUCCUUGUCAAGUCCCUCAGAGUAUGACACAGCUCCAGAUAUAAUGGAGCCUUUUGAGACUAUUCCAGUGACACCAAGGGAAGUACCAAAAUCAGCUGACACAAUGCAGCCAAAGGAUAAUAAUGAAGAAACAGCUGCUCCGAAACCUCCUAUGAAACUGCUGAAUGUUAAAGGACCUCAUGAUAUUAAGCUAAGAACACCAUCUCCAAAGCACCAUCGAUCCCACACACCUUUAACAAGUACUGUGUCUGGAUCUGAGUCGGAGGGUGAAGAGGACAGACGAGAGAUAUUUGAAAUAUAUGUAGCUCGAGCCGACUGCAGUCCUAACAUUGGAAGUAAGGACAGUUUUAUUCUUAAAGAGGGUCAGUUUGUGGAGGUCCUGGACUCUGUUCAUCCUGACAGAUGGUUGGUGAGGACCAAACCAAACAAAACCAACCCCUCUCGGCAGGGAUGGCUGUGUCCUGCCUAUCUGGAAAAGAAGAGAAAAGAAACCUUCCCACAAAGGAGAGUUGCUCAGGAGGAUCUCGAUGGAAUUGGGUCUACAGGGGAAGAGUACAGGAGAGCAUUGAGUCAGCUGAUCCAAGGCUUGAUUGAUGGAGAAGAGGAGUUUGUAAAGGCAAUGAAGUUGUUUAUCACUUAUCAGCUCAAUCAUCUUGACUGCAGCCAUCUUGUCCCCAUCAACAUCCUCAACCAGAAAGAAAUCAUUUUCAGGAACAUCAAAGAUAUUGUCGGUUUACAUGAACGUUCCAUCCUCCCUGGCCUGAGGGAGUGUGUUACAGAUGAUGAUGUUGCCAUGCAUUUAAUCAAGCACACUGAACAUUUUGAAAAGUAUCUUCACUACAUGGUUGGGCAAGCACAAGCGGAGGCCUGCAUCAGUGACAAGGCUGUUCAGCAAUACUUCAAAGACAUAACAGCACCUGAGAAGCCUGGUGAUGCCCCGAUCAUGGAUGUCCUUACUUUCCUGCAGCAACCAGUAGAGAGGAUUCAAACUUACCAGGCUUUACUGAAGGAGUUGAUCAAGAACAAAGCAAAGAGUGGCCAAAGCAGCUACCUUUUGGAGGACGCCUUCUCUGUGGUGUCCUGUUUGCCCUGGAGAUCAGACAACCUUCAUCGAGUAUCUCUGAUUGAAAACUAUCCAGCUCCUCUUACUGCUCUGGGCGAGCCUGUACGACAGGGGGUCUUCACAGUGUGGGAGGAAUCUCCAGAAGUAAAAACAACCUCUAGGGGGCAUCAGAGACAAGUGUUUCUCUUUAAGGAAUGCAUUGUACUGUGUAGGGUGAAGAGAGAUGGCAGCAUGAAUCAAGACACUUAUAGCUUUAAGAACAAAAUGAAGCUGAAUGAUGUGGAAAUAAAAGAAACUGUGGGUGGAGAAGACAGGUCCUGGGGUUUGUGGCAUGAGCACAGAGGCUCUAUACGGCGUUACACUUUGCAGAGCAACUCCACACUGGUUAAGCUGUCCUGGCUGAAAGACCUGAAGGAGCUUCAGCAACGCUCCAGCCUCAGCAAUAACUGCCCUCCAGUGUUUGAGUCUCUGCUUUGUGAUUGCUCAACACAAAUUGGACAGACAAUCAAACUGACCUGCAGAGUAUUGGGAUUUCCAAAACCAGUGGUCAGCUGGAUCAAAGAUGGUCUUCCUUUGGAGGAUGACCCACGGCACAUCGUCUCGGCUGACCGGUCAGGAACAUGCAGUCUUGUCCUGGACUGCCUCACAGCAGAGGACUCUGGUCAGUACAUGUGCUAUGCAACCAGCUCUAUGGGCAGUGCUGGCACUCUGGCUAAGGUGGUUGUGCAAGCUCCACCAAGAUUUGUGAGCCGACUAGAAAGUGCUUGUCUGAUUGACGGAGAGGAGAUCCAGUUUUCAUGUUCCACUCUCACAACCCCUUUACCAAGAAUCAGAUGGUUGAAAGAUGGAAAGGAGCUGACUGACAGCAACAAAUACUCCAUUGUGAACGACGCCCGAAGCGGAAUCUUGUCUCUCACAGUUAUCGGAGCAACAGAGGCAGAUAUCGGACAGUAUGAGUGUGAGCUUUGGAAUGAACUUGGCUGUGUCAAAUGCAAAGCAGGCCUUUGUCCUGCCUUUGUACCACUGGCUGACAGUGAGAGUGACCAAUCACAGGACUUACCUGUUAAAGAAGCUCACUCAGAGGCUUGGUCCACUGCCUUUGUUAAGAAAUGGCUGCAGACUGAUUUCAGCCCUUCUUCUAUUGCCAAGACACAAUUUCCCCCUGGAUCUUCUGAACAUACCAGAUACAGCACUGUUGUGGACAUUCACCCAUCUGCAGUACAGCAGCCUUCAUGUUAUGUGGAAGAAGAAGAAGAGAUCUACAUUUCAGAGGCUUUGCACGAAAUAACAGAUGCUCCUCCUUCGGUUCAGGUCCCUGCAGAGGAUCUGUGUGUUGAACCUGGACAACCAGCAACAUUCAUGGCCAUCAUCACAGGAAGACCCACACCUAAAGUACAGUGGUAUAAGGAUCAGGAGCCCCUUGCAGCCAAUGAGAAUGUGAAAAUAGUCCAAUAUGGUGCUCGCUGUAGCCUAACCAUAUUGUGCCCUGAAGGAGAAGACAGUGGCAUAUAUACCUGCUUCACUCACAACGACUCAGGCCAAGCCUCCUGUGAAGCUCAGCUAACGGUUGAGGAAGGUCCGCUUGCUCCUCAGGAGAGGGAAGUGGAGCUGGGAAAGAGAAGGAGAUUAUUCUCAGUCUAUGAUGUCCAUGAGGAAAUUGGAAGGGGGACAUUUGGGGUGGUGAAGCGUGUCAUCCACAGAAGAACAGGGGAAGUGUUUUCUGCCAAAUUUUUGCCUCUUCGGAGCAGCUCUCGGACCAGGGCCUUCCAGGAGAGGGAUCUUCUGUCUCGCCUCGCUCACCCCAGAGUGGCCUGCCUGCUGGACUUCUUUUGCACCAGACGCACCCUGGUGUUAAUCACAGAAAUCUGCUGUUCUCAUGGACUUCUGGACCAUUUAUUGAUGAGAGGAUCUGUCUCAGAAAAAGAGGUUAAAUUUUAUGUCCAACAAAUUCUAGAAGGGGUUUGUCACAUUCACAACAUGAACAUCAUGCAUCUGGAUAUCAAACCUGAAAAUAUAUUAAUGGUGUACCCACCAAAAGAUGAGAUCAAGAUCUGUGAUUUUGGCUUCUGCCAGGAAAUAGACACAUCUCGACACCAGUACAGUAUGUUGGGUACCCCAGAGUUUGUUGCACCUGAGAUUGUACAUCAAGAACCUGUUACUGUGGCCACGGAUAUUUGGGCUGUCGGUGUCAUAACAUUUCUGUGUCUGGUUUGCCGCUGCCCCUUUGUGGGCGAGACUGACCGUGCAACAUUGCUGAGGGUGGGAGAGGCAACUUUAAACUGGGAUGCCCCAGACAUCGUAUGCAGGAGCCCAGAAGCCAGGAAUUUUCUCCAUGCAGUACUUCAACCGGAUCCAGAGACUCGACCAUCUGCCUUUGAGUGCUUGAGUCAUGAGUGGCUUCAGGAUGGAAAUGCAGGGGAGGACACUGAUGAAAUCAACACAAGGAGUUUGAAAGUCUUCAUCUCUAAACGGAAGUGGCAGCGUUCUUUGACAUCCAUCGGGUCUGUGCUCACACUGAGGCCCAUCCCUGAGCUGCUAGAUGCUCCUCUCAGAGAGACGUCAGUUGCGAUGCCCCGCGAGCCACAGGAGCACAGCAGCACCUCCCUGAGCAGUGGCUCCUCGUCAGAGUAUGAUGAGGCUGACUCUUGGGACUUUUUCCAGCACUGCAGCCAGACAGAGGAAGAGGAGGAGGAGACAGAAGAAGAGUAUGACCCCUUAACAGAGAGGCCACAGAUCUUGGAGCCGUAUCCUAAAUGCCUCAUAAGUUUACAGGAGGAGGAGGGAGGGACUUUUGGGGAAGAUGAGGAUGGAGAAAUGGGAGAAAGGAGGAGUGUUAUCGAGCGCAGCAUGAGCAGAGCAUCGGUCGCGUCAUCAUCAACAACAGACCAACAAACACCUCAGAGGGAACGACACUUCAGCAAGGAUAGCAACCAAUCUUUGUACCUGUCUGAUGGCGACGAGGGUUCAGGUAGCGAUGGAGGCCGCAUUCCCAGAGGAAGCGUCAUCCGAAGCACUUUCUACAACAGCUCUCAACAGCUUUCCCCUCUGUCUGCGAGACACAUGACUUUGAGGGACAAAUUCCAGGCGAAGAAGCAGGAAAGAGGCCGCAAGCCUCUCAGGAGGAGCUUCUCGGGACGGCUCAACGAGCCUCUGAUUGAAUAUGUGGAGGAUGAACCUGAGAGUAACCGCGGGCAGAGACGGGGAUCCGUACAGCCCAGCAUGCAGAAGUCGUCUUCGUUUGAUGACGGGAUGGGCUUCUCCCACACCAAUGUACCGCCACACAGACGGAGCAGGUCUCUUGACGAGUAUUCCCGUCGAUCUCCCAGCUCAGCCAGCCAUGAAAGCGCACACGAAGAAGAGGCCUCUCACAGCAUGAAGGAAGAAACCACAGAUGGUGAAGCAGCUGGGAGAAACUCACUAAUUAUCCAGAACGCUCAGAAAGUCUCAGGACGAAGAGGCUCAGUCGCUCUGACACAAGGAGUAUUUAGUGGAUCAUCUGUUCCAAUGGAGUUCCUUGCUGGAGGGAGAAUGAGAUCCAGGCUGGGUCAGGACCAGGUUGAAGGAGAUACUCUGACCAGCUCCCAGGGAUCUCUGGCUGAGUCUUUUAUUCUGGAGCAUGGUGGAUCUGAGUCUUCAAGUAGAAUAGACUCCUUUGACGAGCUCAGUCACGGUCAUGUUGGAAGGAGAAACCGAUCAGGAGAGAGUGAUGAAAAUGAUGAACACAGUGAACCCCUGAUCACACCCUCUCCUACCCCACUUCAGAAAAUAAAACCUCGAAGUUCCCGUCCUCAGCCUCCACCACGUAAUCGAACCCGGUCCAAUCCCAACUUAUCUACAAUUAGCAAAGGUCAGCCAGAGAGGCCCUCAAUGCCGAGUCCCAGUCCAAGCCUCUGCUCUCUAGGAUCUCCUGAGAGGCCUCCCAGAGCCCGGGACAAGAAAGAGGGCUCCAUGCUCCAAAGGCAUGCAUCUGCUCCAGCUCUGGAAGCGCGCCCACCGACUGGAAAGUCCCCCAAACUGGGUCUCCUUAGGAUCUUCCGCAGGCAGUCCUGGACCGGCCACUCAUACACCCAGCUGGACAACACGGAGCUGGGGCCCACACUGGGAGAGAUCAUGAAGCCCGAUACGCCCACAAUGUCUCUGAGGAAGAAGAUGAGAGCUUCAGCCUCCAGUCUGACCAAACUGUUUUCCAGGUCCUCUAGUAAGGAAGAUGUCAGUAGAGGGCCGAUAGUAAAAGGAUCUACUGCCAUCCCAGCUGAGAGGGAACAGAGCAGUGGUCUUGAGACCCCCAAAAAGAGAAGCUCAAAGCUCCUCUCAUCUUUUAAAAUACCACCGUUCAAAAAGAUAAAAGUUCGUCCCAGCAAAGCAGAGGUGCUCCUGCUGGACGGAGGUGGAGUCCUGCUGGUGUGGAGACCGGUCCAGUCUGAUGACCGGGUCACUUAUUGUGUGCAGUACUGUUCAGACGGUGGCGAAUGGACAGUCCUGUCAGAUGAGGUGACAGACAGCUGCUACGUAGUGAAGGACUUACCGAAAGGGGCGUCAUAUGUGUUCAGGGUGGGCUGCGUCACCAGGACAGGAGCAGGACCUUUCAGUGAAGCUUCAGCUCCCAUUGUCAUGUCCACUCACCCUGAAGAUAUCCGCAUUCCUCUCAUUCAGACCAACUCAAUCGGGUCAAAAGUACCUGGAUCAGAUCAUCAAACCGUAAACAGAAACUACAGCUUCCUGUCUGAGAUCAACAGGGGUCGUUUCAGUGUCAUAACCCUGUGCAGGGAUGUGGAAACCAGUCAGGUAUUUGCUGCUAAGAUCACUCCCUACCAGGCCCAGCAAAGACAGCUGGUGCUGCGGGAGUACCAGCUGCUCAGGAGGCUGCACCACCCCCACCUGGUUCAGCUGUAUGCUGCUUUCAUCACCCCUCUGUAUGUGCUGCUGGUGGAGGAGCUGUGUCCCGGCAAGGAGCUGCUGCACAGUCUGGCUGUAAGAGACCUGUAUGCAGAGAGUAAUGUGGCUGAGCUGCUCCAUCAGAUUGUCAGCGCAGCGGACUACCUUCACAGCCGUCGGGUCAUCCACCUGGACCUGAAGUCUGACAACAUGCUGGUGGAUGACGGCAACCACCUGAAGAUCAUCGACUUCGGCUCUGCUCAGUCCUUCGUACCCGGACAGCCUCUCAACAUCGAGCACAUUCACGGCUUCUCAGACAGCAAAGGCUGCUGCAGAAAAGUCUAUAUUGUCCUUCCUAAAGCUCCAGAAAUCCUGGAGGGUCAGGGUGUGGGGCCGGAGACCGACAUCUGGGCCAUUGGAGUCCUGUCCUUUAUCAUGCUGAGCGCCGACAGUCCCUUUUAUGCUGAUCACAGCUGGGAGCAAGACAAAAACAUUAAGAAAGGAAAGAUACAGUUUGGCCGCUGUUACCCCGGUCUGUCAGAAGGAGCUUUAAAUUUCAUGAAGAACAGCCUGAACAAUAAAUCCUGGGGGAGACCAACAGCGGCCGAGUGUCUCCAGAACCCAUGGCUGCGCGCCCAUCGGGCUCCGCACAAAGUCCGACCCUCCAAAGUGUGCUUCUCCACCGACAAGCUCAGAGCUUACCUCAAGCAGAAAGAGGAGAAACGAGAUCAGGUGUGCACAAAACAUCAGGGGCCGUUCUUCCAGUGAGGUAAAACAAAAACAAAAAACAAACACAAAACCUCUUUGUUGUAAACAAAAAAGACAUUAAUGCAAUUGUAUUUUUUCUGGUGUGACUUUUCUUCUGUUAAACAAAACCAAAAUUAGUUUCAUAAAAUGAAAUAUCUUGACUUUAAUGCGUCUUAACAAGUCUCAGUUUUUUUUUUAUCUAGUUUUGAUGGAAUCAUAUCAGGGAUUAGCUAGGACUGCACAUUGAUGCAUGAGUUGAACGGUUUUAAUUGCUGCUUCAUCUGUUAAAGUGUCAAAUGGACGCACGUUUGGUCUUACAUGUGACAUCUUUUUUGUUUGUUUUAAGAAAAGAAGAGAACAUUUCAGAAAUAUAUUCCAGACUUUAUUACUCACAAGUUUGCAAUGAAUAAAUAGAAAAAUGUGUGUUUUGUGAAUUACCUCCUGUCUUGAAGUGAAUGGAAAAAAUAUAAUAAAUGACACUUGAAGUGC